CAUGUUUCGGCCGCCAUUUAGGAAUAUAUCUCAAAAUUUUGUUUUUCGCUAAAUAUUCAAAAUUCAUAUUUCCCCCCAUACAUAUUUCUUUUUGGUCUGAAAUAUUUGAGGAUGGGCACUGCGCCUCCUGUACCACAGUUGUUGUAUAUGUUCGACUUUGUCGUCGAUGAUCUGGUGAUAAUACGCAAAAAUCAUUGCGCUCCCGAAGAGUAUUCCACCUGUGUGGAGUUCACGUUCCGCUCGAAUCUCUACAUCAAUCUCUGCGAUCGUGAGUAUGGGAGCUGCGUAAAUCCAAAACAACCGAAGUGCGGCAAGUGCAGCAUAUUUCCACUGGAUAGACCCGUCACUAAUGACGACCGACUGUUGAUUCACGUCUACAAGAAGCGUACAGAUCGAUGCAAAUUUCUGAUUGGGAUGACUGAUAUGGAAGUGAAGCCGCUAUUUGACCAAAUAGAUAAAAAGUUCAAUGAAGAGAACGCCGACUGGCUAACUAAACGCCAGGAGAAUUUGAAGAACCUUCCCAGAAUCAAGAACUCCAAUAGAGACAUGAUGGACACAUGCAAGUGCUUCAAUGCCGGAUUCCGGCGCUUGGAACAGCUGUGUCCCAACCACGUAGUCGUGAAGCGAAUGUUGCCCUUGUUUAAUCUCUGUAGUCAGCAGACGGGGAAUAUGGUGCUCAUAUUACGUCUACUCUGUUAUGGACCCACUAUCGUCUCGAGCCUGCAAAAGGUGGGUAACAAGUUUGUCGCCGCGCCACGCCCUCUGUACGAGCAUCCAUGUUAUAUAAUACCAGAAGAGCGCGACGGCAAGCAUCCCACAAAAGGUUAUCGUUACUUUGCGUGCAACUUGGAUAAGCUUUGUCCGUGUGACUACUGUGAGGACGAGUUUGAACGCGACUGCCCCACUGUUCCCUGUGCAAAUCAGUGUAGGAGAAUUGUUGAGCAAUACAAGCCUUGUGGAGAGUGCGCCGAUGUACCCCUACUCCCCCCAAGAUUCGUGUCGCGUCAAAAUUUGCUAGCAAAACGCAAAUGCAAGAAAAAGAAAUAAAUGCAUGUAUUAAAUUAUGUUGUUGACAAUAAAUCCAUAGACCAUAA